AACAUCCGUUUUCGAGGCUCGGCCCACGGACUCCGCCGCCGCCGGUUUUGCAACUUUGCACGAGCCUGCCGACAGCAAAAUUCUGGUCGCUCUUUCUUGAAAUAUAACGGCCCCUCUGCUGCGCCCCGAUAUCCUGCCCGCAGCAUUUCCCCACCGUUUUUUUCUUGAGGAAUCGCUAAGAAGAUCAUGAUGGAAGAUACGCUUCAACCUAUCCCGCCAAGCGUUAUGGUCUCUGCUGCAAGCGCCGAACUCGACCUGGCACUCACACCCGACCCGUUUGAGCAUCUUAAUGAAGAUGAGUUGAGGGCACGAUUAAGGGAGUGCCUUUCGUUGCUGCAGGACCGCGAAUAUGAUCUACGAACCGCAGCAGAAGUCGGCCAGCAGCUCCUCGAAGCGCACUCCCACCUCCGGGAAGCCUACGAAGCCUACAUCACCCGCAACCCCGAACGGCCUAAGCUCAACGCAACACUCACCAAAUCCAACUCCACGCCCGAAUUCCUCACCAACUCCAACGAAAACUUCAUCGUGUCCACAGAGUCAAUUCAGAACUACGGCCCCGGAAACCAAUCAGUGCAAUUCGCGAAGCCCGAGUUCCCAAAGCCCGAUAUCAACUCAUGGACGGCGUCAGAGGAGAACGUGCACGGUUCCUCGCCGCUGGGCUCGUUGCCGAGUCUUAAGAAACGGUACAGGUCCGAGCGGGAUAUGUGGAAAACAUCAAUGGAGUACCUCUCCGGGCCAUCGGUCAUGAGAUCGGUGGAAUAUCUCGCGGGGCUGAAGUCACAGUUCUCGUCGUCGAUCCCGCUUGCGGCGAAGCGGGGGAGCAAAGAUCGUGACGCGUUUUUGAAGAGUGGGAGCUCGAUGGGGAGUGUUGGGCUGGAAACGUCGGAGUAUGUUUCGACGCUGGAACGGACCAAUUUGGAAUAUCAGACGCAGGUCGCGAGCCUGACUGCUGAGUUGAAGGAGAGCAAGCAGGCGCAGGUGCGGGAGAUGGAACGCAAUGCGCGGCAUCUGGAGGAAGUGCGGAGCGAGCUUGCCCGUGUGACGGAACAGGUCGAAACGCUGGCGGAGGAUAAGCGGCGGCUGACGCGUGAGAUUAGAGAAAACAAAAAAGAACAACUCUCCACCGAGUUGGAAGACCAGGAAGCCAUCACGCAACUCGCGAAAAAGCUGCGCGACACGGAAGAGCGAAGCGAGAAACUCGCGCAAGAGAAACACACUCUCGAACGGCAAGCAGAAAGCACCGCCCAAGAAAUGCUGCAGCUCCGCGACCAACUCGCCUCCUUCGACACCAUGUUACGCGAAAGCCGACUGCAGCGGGAGGCCUGCGAACGACAAGAGGACCACAUUCAAGAACUCCAAGAGCAACUCGAGGAAGCGCGUAACCAGUACGUGACGAACGUGAGCAGCUUCGAGGCGCAGUUGAAAACCGCCAACUCGAAUCCGACGUUGCUUAGCCAUGGUAGCCUCCAUGACCUUCUCUUGGACGCCGAGAUCCAGGAGGCGAACCAUGUCCCAUUGGGGAACGCGAAAAAUCGACGCCUAAAGCCAAAGUCGCGGUCGCAUCAUUCAUCAAGACUCAGCAACGAGGUGACGAACGACACGGACGACUCGCAGGACAUCCAUUCUAGAAUAUCCUCCACCGAGUCUAGCACCCAAACCGAGACAGACGCCCCACCCGCGCAGAUUGAUGCCAGCAGCCAGGUAGACGAGACAUUAGGUAGCGUUGUGGCCGCCCAAACACCGCAGGGAAGCGGAUCGCUGCUCUUUUCGUUGCUGUGGGGGUUUGUGAGACGGUUUUGGGGGGGACGACAGCCGCCUGAUCGGAUUUAUGAGCGGCAGUCGCUUUGGAAUUAUGCUGUGGGGGGUAGUAUGCUUGGAUGUAUAUAGGAUGUUUUUGGACACAUCCCCAGAUUCAAUAGAAACUUUCCGCGCUGUAUAUGUUAGGCGCUGGCUCUGGGAAACUCUUUCUCAAUGUGUUGUCCAUUGACAGAUCUGGAUAUGCCAGGAACCCAUAGGUUAGCGUUGAUUGCUUCAGUUCAUUUAACAUGUCCCUCCCAUCCAUAUCCCUU